AUGCCGGCAUUCGUUCUCCUCCCUGCAUCCCCGUCUGAUCUCGAGGCUGUGGCUCGUGUCCAAUUUGCGGCUUGUGCGACCGAUCCCGGCUUUUGCGCCAUCUUCCCCAAAGGCGGUACUCUAAGUUCUAUCACUCACUUUGUGCAGUCUUAUGAGGAGGACAUGGACAAUGACCCUUCUUAUCAUAUCAUGAUUGUGAAGGAAGCAAUGUCUGGGGAGGUUGCCAGCUUCGCCAUCUGGCACUUCUUCCCCCCACGUUCUGGGGACGAGAUUGAUCGAGAACUAUUACUGGACGACUUCCCACUUCCCAAUGAUGCGAAUAGAGAGAUUGGUUGUAGAUUGAUGCGCAACAGCAUCAGGAAGCGCCAUGAACUUGCGACUGCUUUUAUCGGUCUAGAACGGCCGUAUGUAUUCCUCGCUGCUCUCGGUACAUCUCCCAAAUAUCAACGGCAGGGUGCCGGUGCUAAGCUACUUGAAUGGGGCUUAGAGCGAGCUGAUGAUAGGGGAUUGGCAGUUUAUGUGGAAGGCACCCCGGCUGCCGCACAUCUCUACAAGGCCAAUGGAUUCAGAGAAAUCGAGACGUUGAAACUGGAACUGAAACUGGCACCAGAAAGCACAGAAGAGCACUCCAACGUAUGUAUGAUUCGAGACCCUCAAACAUAA